AUGAAGAAGAAGAGGAGGAGGCCGGAUCAAGUGCGAUCGGGCACAGAAACUUCAAGCGAAAAAGACAGAGACACCCCCAACCUGGAGGAAGCACCGGCCCGGCGGUACCUACGGCUAGGCACGCAGACCACCCGGACAACCAGAGCGGCUCCGCCGGUGGCGACCGCCGGCGCCCCUUCCCGAGCCGGCAACUCGGGCCCGCUGGGGAACACCCGCCUACUACUCCCUUCGCCGGCACCACCACCGCCUCCCCCGGCACCAGAAGACCUUCCACCGGCACCAGAAGACCUUCCCCCGGCACCGUCCGGCGAGCCCAACAUUUUUCAGCCCCCGGAUCCAGCCCCGCAGCAGCAGGUGCCCUCCCCUCCUCCUGCAGCGCCGGAGGCCCCCUACUCUCUUCCCUGGGACGAUCUACUAGGCGCAGUGAACGAUGACGACGAACCCCAUGCACAGGCCGUGCCCUGGGCGGGUGUUAUCGACGCCCCGCUCAUGCCUGCGGGCCCCGCACCGUCACGGUUGGACUUGUUGGAGGUUGGACCCCUGAAAUUUGCAGAAUCACCGGCUGAAAAAUAUGGCGGUCACCAAGAAGGCGGGAUCGGAAUUGAACAAGAAGAACCGGCUGAAGCCGCCGAGGGCGACAAUCAUGAGCAACAAGGCGGGGAUGUCGGAGAGGCGGCGGCACCGGAUGCCGCGCCCGUAUCCCCUGUAGAACCUGCACGCCGCAUCGGUUCUAGGAUGAGGCGGCCAAGCCGAAGGCUGAUAGAAUCUCUCACCCAAGCUUGA